AUGGGAGUGAAACGACGUCCAUCCGAUGGAUUGGGAACGGCUUUGCCGAACAAGAAGAUUCGUGGGAAAGAUGUCAGCGAUGCAUGCGACUCUAGUGAAGACGAAACGUUACAGGAUGUUGCCAAGGUUGAGGACGUCAACAACGGGAUAGACAACGAUAGCGAUGCUAGUGAUGGAAAUCAUGCUGAUGAGAUAACGAGCCCUGGGGAGCUCCACGCGUCUUAUCAAGGUGGCGGUCUCUUAGAUCUUUCGUUGACUUUCGCCGAGUUUGGCGAGCGGCAUCUUGACAGAAGACUCACGAAGGCUGUUGUUACAACUCUCGGAUUGAAACACCCCACAUUAGUUCAAUCAAGCGCAAUUCCAUUGCUUUUGCAGGGCAAGGAUGUUUUAGCAAGAGCUCGUACUGGGUCGGGCAAGACACUUGCUUACAGUCUUCCGAUGCUCCAGCGUCUUCUGGAGAAAGUUGCUGGCGAGACGUCUGAAACAGCAUCCCCGUUACAAGCUUGUGUGCUUGUUCCAACCAGAGAGCUGUGUGUACAGGUCUCUGAGGUUUGCACGCAAUUGUGCGAAUAUUGCCGCUCUCAAAUUUCAGUUCGCCAUCUUUCAGAAUCCUUAAACCAGCUCGUCAGUGAAGUGCCUCCCACAGUCAUCAUCGCAACGCCAAAAUCUUUGCUGACAUACUUAUCAGCGAAGCAGUCGAUUCAGCCAAUAAAAGCAACAGCUAAGAAAAGUUUUUGGCGAAAUCGUUCAAAAAAUUUAGGAGAUUUGAAAUCAACAUUCAAAACCAACUUGCAGAUAGUCGUACUCGAUGAAGCUGAUGCAUUGAUGACUCUAGGCUUCAAACAAGACCUCGAAGUUCUUUUUAAGGACAUCUUGGGUGACAGAACAACUGAAAAUCGUUAUCAAGCAGUUCUGUGCUCCGCGACAUUGAAUUCCGAGGUAAGCUCGAGCUGCCACUCUAAGAUGGAUAUGCCAAUCGAUGAUUGA